GGCCAGUAUCUUUUAAAGGCUUCGUCAAGGUGGACGUUCGGCAUUUUGCUGUGGUAAAAUAUCCUCAAAACUCUGUACGUAGAGGCGUAUAGAUGGUUUUGAACCAAAUAAAGACAUUGUGCAGUGGUAGUUAAGUGAAUUAAUGUGUUUGUAACACUCGUGGGUAAUUUGUGAUAGUUUUGUUAAGUUUUCUCGAAGUUUUCGUCUAAAUUUCGAGUAAUACUCAACUCAACUUAAAGAUUGGAUUAACUCAUAUUUGCUUUGGAUUCGCGAUGCGGUGUUGACCCCGGCGUGAUGAUGAGGCUCGAAGCGUCUGAGAAGCAGCAUCGCUACCACAACCUAUUAGAUGAUGAUCAUGCCAAUGAAAUGCUAGAAAGCGAGGGGGCAGGGUUGGCAGCAAGGGUAGCGGAACUAGAAGUCCGAUGUUCUCGGCAAGCUGAGGAGCUCCUGUGUCUUCGUUCAACCCUAGCCGAUGCCCUUAGAAGAUUAAAUGUUCUAGAAGGCCGAACGCCAGCCACUACAACUUCAACACAGAGAAAUGGUGCUUACACAGGGUCAACGGGUGGGACACCUACUCGGGAGCUUCGCAUAAGACAAUCCGCUUAUCGGGAACCAGCUAAACGCAGCUCCAGUUAUGGCUCCAGUGCUUCAUCAUUACCUCAGAGACGCGGCCCACAGCACCAGUCCACCGGAUCCCUGCAGUCGGACUCACCGGCUUCUUCGUCUUCCCUCUCCCCCGCGCCUUCCCCGUCACCCCGCGCCACCCCCGCCCCGCAUCACGUGCCCCAAGUCUCCCAGCCUUACAGAUCGCGCAAUAGUUCCACGUCAAGCAAUCAAAGUCCCUCCCCCGGAGUGAGCCUCACCAAGAGGUGGAACUCCACAGGGGACUUCAACACGCAGGGUCUUUUGCCGAACGCAAGGUUUACAACUACAAAGUCGUUAUUAAAUCUUUACUCUAAGCCGUCGCAAAAUGGAUCUAUAUUGAAACAUGGCACCCACACCUGUCAGUACAAUGAAGAAGACGGUUCCAUGAGGAUGUACAUCCGAGGCCGACCUGUGGUCCUGUAUGGUCCCAGCGACCACGAUACCUUGGACCCUGCGAAGGUCGCUCCUCCGCCGCAAAGCAAGCUCAAGUUGGAAUGGGUGUAUGGAUAUAGAGGCAAAGACUGCCGUAGCAACCUAUACCUCUUACCAACUGGAGAGAUAGUUUACUUCGUGGCAGCCGUGGUAGUUCUCUUCAACGUGGAUGAGCAGUGCCAACGGCAUUACACGGGCCAUACUGAUGACGUCAAGUGUAUCGCAAUUCAUCCAAACAAGAUGAUCAUUGCUAGUGGGCAGUGUGCGGGACAUGAUCGGAUGGACGCCAGGCCACACAUCCGGGUAUGGAACUCAGUUUCCCUGGCGACUCUGGCCGUUUUGGGCUCCGGGCACAUAGAGCGUGCGGUUGCCUGCCUCACCUUCUCGAGAGCUGAUGGCGGAUCCUUGCUGGCUGCUGUCGAUGAAGGCCCAGACCACACCAUCAGCGUAUGGGAGUGGCAGAGGCCGGAUAAGGGACACUGCGUCGCAGAAACUAAGUGUUCAGUUGACACAGUGGUAGCCGCAGAAUUCCAUCCGCUGGACAGAAACCAGAUCGUGACUUGUGGGAAGGGGCACAUCGCGUUUUGGACUUUGGACGCUUCCAACGUCUUAUACAAGCGCAUGGGCAUCUUCGAGACAAGGGACAAACCGAAAUAUGUCACUUGUCUUGGGUUUAAUCAUAAUGGCGACGUAAUCUCAGGCGACAGCAACGGAAACCUCAUAGUGUGGGGCCGCGGCACCAACACCAUCCAGAAGAUGGUGCGAGGGGUCCACUCGGGCUCCGUGUUCAGCGUGUGUAGCCUCAAGGAGGGGGCCGUGGUCAGCGGCGGGGGCAAGGAUGGGCGGCUGGUGCUCUUCGACGCGGAUCUGCAGCCCACUGCUACCGAGAAUGUGAUCGAAGGACACUACGGCGGCGUGCGAGUGAUCGCGGAAGGGCGUGGCUCACAACUCUUCAUCGGCACAACCAAGAACUGCAUCCUUCACGGAGACAUGGAGCUGGGAUUCUUACCUGCUGUCCUCGGUCACGUGGACGAGGUAUGGGGCUUAGCCGCUAACCCCACUUUGCCCCAAUUCGUGUCGGGCUGUUGGGACAGUUUGCUACAGCUUUGGGAUCCCCUCAGUCAUUCCACCGUAUGGAGCAAGGAUAUUGGGGAGCGCGCUCAAAGCUGCGCCUGGUCAUCGGACGGCAGCGUGAUAGCAGUGGGCUGCGUGUCAGGCAAGUGGCUGGUCUUCGACCCCGUCUCCAGGGAAUUGGUCGCGCACCAUGUCGAUGGCGUGGAACCAAUCCAGACCAUCCAAUACUCUCCAGACAACAAGUAUGUGGCGAUCGGAUCUCGGGACAACUUCAUUUACAUCUACCAAGUGGAUGACAAUUGUUCCAGAUAUUCCAGACUCGGGAAGUGCCUUGGCCACUCUAGCUUCAUAACCCACUUGGAUUGGUCCGAGGAUAGCCAGUACAUACGGAGUAACUCUGGCGAUUAUGAAUUAUUAUAUUGGAACGCAACCACCUGCCGUCAAAUCACUUCGACCACAUCGAUGCGAGACGUGGUCUGGGCCUCCAACAACUGCCCCAUCACCUUCCAAACCAUCGGGGUGUGGCCCGAGAACGCCGACGGCACCGACAUCAACACCUGCACCAGGUCUCACGAUAACCGAUUAGCCGCGACAGGAGAUGACUUUGGCAAAGUGAAACUAUUUGCUUACCCCGUCACACAACCUAAAUCCUUGUGUCACCAAUACGGCGGCCAUUCAUCCCACGUGACGUGUGUCCGUUUCCUUCUCGACGACUCGAGGCUGGUUACCGCCGGUGGACUGGAUACCAGUCUUAUGCAGUGGGUCGUUGAAUAAAGACAAUAGAUGGCGCUGUAUCAUUUUUUUAAUGUGGCAACAUUAACGUGAUUGGACAUUUUUUCUAGCACCCAAAAGCGCCCAUUGAAAAUGUAUAUUUAGGGUCCAUAAAUAUUUAAAAAAUAUUAAUUAAAGUUCUGCUUAGGGAUUGUUUUAUAAAUUUUAAUAGCUCUUAGAUUAUUUAUUUUUGAAUAAGCUAAUUCAAUAGUGAGCUUAUAAUAUUGCAACACCUAACACCUUUUUUUUAAUUUGAAAUGGGCCUUUUUAUUUUAAUACAGAGAUAAAUAUGUACACUACGAAGCACAUACAUUAUGGAAAUUGAACAAUUUAAAGAUUUAACGAAAUAUAUGCAUAAGUAUUUAGUACAAAAACUAUCUAAAUACAUAGGUUCUAUUCAAGUGAAUUUAUCCAAUACUAGUGCACUAUUUAAAAUUGAUAUUCAAAUUAUCUCGAAAUGUAACCGCCUGAGUAUUAUCUGCUUUUGCUCUCACCAAUUUAAAUAACGGAGUAAUUGUUAGGUUAAGUGAUGAAUAGAGCGCAAUUUGCUUUUUAUUCUUUCUUAUUUUCGACGGUGUUGCGAAACCGUCGAUUAUGUUGCGUAAAAGUACAUUUUACAAUAUUUUUUAUUAUAGUACAAAAUGUUUAGGUUUCGUGGUUGUGAUGUGUUCAAUUCGCAAAGGGUGACCGAUCCGUCGAUUUAUUUUCCUACACAAAGAUAUUUAUGCAACACUAUUAUAUUUUUACACUUGCAACACUAAGAAUAUUGUCAAUUGUGAUUUUAGCUUUUCAAAUUUUAGGCGUACGCACUUCGCUAUUACUGUAUUGUAUACCUUCGAAAAGAAUAUUCGGGAACUUUUAUGAUUUAUGGAAAAGUGGAUCAUUUGAUAUUUUUUAAGUUUAAUAAUAAAUUUAUUUUUAAGAUUUCCAUCGAUCAAUUUUGUUUGUAUUAGGUUUUCUUAAGUAGCAUUUGUUUGUAACCUAGUCACGGUUGAUUCGUUUCAUUUUAAUUGUGUUGUCAUCACGUAUUGUAAGCAUUAAUAUUUAGAUAUUUCCUGUAUAUACAAUUAUAUAUGAUGGCUCUGUCCGUCUUUUGAAUGUGCCUAAUAAAAAUGUUUACUGAA